GUUCAUGAAGUGGAUCAUGGUCUUAUUAACCAGCUACUUGCUGAUUCAGAGGAGACUCUUAAUUCAUGCACAGAGAAAAUGCAGGGUCCUGCUCAGUAUAGCUGGAGUGCUGACUGGAGCUUUUGGCUCUCAAGUUCCACUUACAAAUAUAGGAGUGAGGAAUUCAAGAGACAGUUUUCUCAUCUGCCAGACUCAGAGAGACUCAUAGUAGAUUACGCCUGUGCGCUCCAGAAGGACAUCCUGCUGCAAGGACGCCUGUACCUCUCUGAAAACUGGCUCUGCUUCCACAGCAACAUCUUCCGAUGGGAGACCACAAUUUCUAUUGCUUUGAAGGAUAUAACUUUCAUGACAAAGGAGAAGACUGCUCGUCUCAUUCCAAAUGCCAUACAAAUAGCAACAAAAGGAGAGAAGUUUUUCUUCACAUCAUUCAGUGCAAGAGACAGAAGCUACCUCAGUAUCUUCCGUUUGUGGCAGAAUGUGUUGCUGGAUAAGAGGCUGACCAAGCAGGAAUUCUGGCAGCUGGUGCACCAGAGCUAUGGCUCUGAGCUGGGCCUGAACAGCGAGGAGAUGGAGAGCUUCCACUCAUCAUCAGAGGACAACGGGCAGUCUCGAUCCAGCAUUUGUGAUGAUUCUGGAGAAAGGGAUGAAAAACUACCCAAAAUGAUUGGUUUAGUUCGUGAGCCCACACUUCAAACAGAAGGAGAGUCACUCAACAGACCCAUGUUGCCAGGAGUGGAGGAGUCCUCAAGUGAGAAGCAAAUAAAGAGUCCUCUUCCAUCUUCAGAAAGAAAACCUGCUAAGCUAGUUAGAAGCAGGUCUUUAGAAAAGUCUUUGGACCUUAACGAGAAUGAAAAUCUUCCAGAGAAGAGCAGUGCUUCAGAUAGUGAAGAAGUGAAGGAGACUGUCUCUGACAAUGAUCUCUAUGGGAGACUUUUUAUAAACAGAGUUUUCCACAUCACUGCAGACAAGAUGUUUGAAAUCCUUUUCACCAAUUCUCACUUCAUGCAGAGGUUUCUUAAUUCCAGGAGUAUAGUAGAUGCUGUAUCAACCCCUUGGAAUAGAGACUCCAAUGGCAAUCAGUUGAGGACUUUGACGUACACUGUAACAAUUAACAAUCCCCUCUGUGGGAAGUUCACCACUGCAACGGAGAAGCAGAUCCUGCAUAAGCAGAGCCAGAAAGGUCAGUCUUACCAGGUAGAUGCUGAGGUCCUGACCCACGACGUCCCCUACCAUGAUUAUUUCUACACUGUGAACAGAUACUGCAUCAGCCGCACGUCCAGUCACAAGUGCCGGUUACGGGUUUCUGCAGAAGUGAAGUACAAAAAACAGCCUUGGGGCCUUGUCAAGUCUGUAAUUGAGAAGAAUACCUGGGGAGGAAUACAGGAAAACUUCAAACAACUUGAAUCAGAUCUCCUAAUGGAGGAAUAUGCAAUUAAUCAAUCCAUAGAAGACUCUGGGAAAUUACUUGCUCUGAGACGAAGGCGACGCACUUUACACCGGGGUUUGGCAGAAUCACUUCCCAAACGCUCUGCCCAGCAUUCCUCUGGUGACCUGGGAGUAGAGUCCCAGGGCAGCUUAAUAGGAAGGAAAAGAGAUGCAGUAAGUAGGACCACCACCAUCAUUGUAGUAAUGAGUGUCUUUUUGCUGCUCUUGGUCUUGCUGAAUAUAACACUGUUCCUCAAACUCUCAAAGAUAGAGCAUGCAGCUCAGUCCCUUUAUCAUGUCCAGCUUCAGGAGGAAAGCUCUUUGAACAUAUCCCCAGAAAUUGUAUCAAAAGAGGAGAUACCUCAAUAUGAUAAGGAACAGGUUAAACAUGUGAAGGGAGUUUUAAGAGACUCAAUUGAAAUGCUUGAGCAGCUGAAGAUUUCCCUUUCCAUGCUCCAAAGAAGCUUUGACCACUUGAACAGGACACAGAGCAGCAAGACUGAGAGUUAAUAGCCACAUCAGCUUUUCAUUCAAGAUACUGGAAGAACAGAUGUGUGUGUGAGGACUUGUGGGGUAGGGACUGUAACUGUCUCCUCUGGACUCUUUACUGUUGCACAGAAUAAAAGGUUUGU